AUGAUUCCUGCUGGUUCCUCCUGGUUCCUCCUGGUUCCUGCUGGUUCUUCCUGGUUCCUCCUGGUUUCUCCUGGUUCCUUCUGGUUCCUCCUGGUUCCUCCUGGUUCCUGCUUGUUCCUCCUGGUUCCUGCUGGUUCCUGUUGGUUCCUCAUGGUUCCUGCUGGUUCCUCCUGGUUCCUCAUCCCACACGACCUCAUCCAACAAGGGCUCGACCACGACCGCAUUCCUGCAGCCAUCAAGGACGUGAUCACCAACUAUCUGGGAGGGUUCAAACUGAGAUUCACAUCUGCCUCUUUUACAACCAACUGGCUGGACCUCCAGAAGGGAAACCCCACAGGAUGUACUAUCUCUCCUGUCCUGUUCCUGAUGGGCUUGAGCCUACUCAUAUCUGCAGCAGAGGGUGUAACCCGUGGCACCACACUGGAGGCCGGUGUCAUCCAACCGGUACUGUGUGGGUUCAUGGAUGACAUCACGAUAACAACAGCAACACAUGGCGAGGUGGGUGCUGAAAACCUUGGACAACGCAGCCACCUGGGCAAGGAUGUUGUUCAAGGCCAGGAAAUCCAGAAGCUUGGUGAUCAAAAGAGGCAAAGUUACCAACUGAAGAAUAGCUGGGGAAGAUCGACAAGUCUGAACUCCCGGGCAAAUUCAAGACUUGUCUGUACCAACACGGCCUCCUCCUCAGGCCUCCUCCUUGUUGAGGGCAUCGAGAGGAAGAUCAACAAGCACCUAAGGAGGUGGCUCGGAGUCCCACCAAGCUUUUCCUCAGUGGGCCUCUACAUCCGGUCCGGGCAACUUCAACUUCCCCUAUCAUUGAUUGUUGAAGAGUUCAAGGUGGCCAAAUGUAGAGUCCAAAUAAGCCUCAGUGAUUCCAACGACGACCUGGUGAGGCGAGCAGGUGUCACAACCAGGUCUGGGCGCAAGCGGUCAGCCAAAACAGCUGUGGAGCAAGCAACCAGCUCUCUAAAGCUACGCGCAUGCAGAUGCAAGAACCAGGCGGGGCAUGGUCCAGGCGGAAGUUCGGACCCGAGAGGAAGAAAGGUGGAUGGCAAAAGCAGUGAAACAAGGUUCCCAGGGAGCCUGUACAGAGUGGGAUCUGCCCAGGUGCAAAAUCUCAUGGUCAGAACUAUGGAGACUCCGCCUCCUCCACGUUGCCAUAGUGAUGAAGAUGAGGAGGAGGAAGACCUGAACAAGGCGUUUGAUGUGCCGUGUUUCCAGCAGAUUCUUCGUCCUGCAGCCUGCAGCCCGCCAGAGAAGCUCCGAGUCUACAAUGAGCAGGACUUUGAAGAACAUCGUCACCUGUCUCUGCACGUCCACCAUCCUCUGUCCAAACCUGCUGCUGACAGCAGGAGGAAGAGGAGCGGCGAAGGGAGGCGAGGCUCUGCCCCCAACACCGCCAUCAGAGAAGACCGAGAGGAAGAGGAGGGUGAUGAAGAGUCCUACAGUCACACUGAUGGAGAGGAGGGACGCACGGCCACGCCCACUAGUGACCCACCCAGCUCGACCAAUCACAACGGCCUGUCGCCUGGUCGCAUCAUGACGAGGGUUGCCGUUGACGACGAGGCUGAAAUGCUGGCGUCUAUCGACCUGGACGGCAUAAAGAGUCACCGAUUGGACGACGUCCCAGCUGUGCGGCGCCACCUGGUGAGACGCAGCUCCAGAGGACCGAGCGUCCACAUCGCUCUGAGCAGCCAGCAGCAGCAGCACCUCCAACACCUGCAGCCGGACCGCACGCCUCACGAGGUGUUCGUGGAGCUGAACGAGCUGGUGAUUGACAGGAACCAGGAGUUGCAGUGGAGGGAAACGGCUCGAUGGAUUAAGUUUGAGGAGGAGGUGGAGGAGGAGACGGAGCGCUGGGGAAAACCUCACAUCGCCUCGCUGUCCUUCCGCUCUCUGCUGGAGCUCCGAAAAACCAUUUCCCACGGGGCGGUGCUGCUGGACCUGAAGCAGCGGACUCUGCCAGGCAUCGCUCAGCAGGUGGUGGAGCAGAUGGUGAUCUCAGAUCAGAUCAAAGCUGAAGAUCGAGCCAACGUCCUGAGAGCUCUGCUGCUGCCACACAGUCAUCCCAGUGAUGAGAAGGACCACAGUCUGUUCAACAAGAACAUCUCUGCAGCCAACAUGGCCGCCCAGAUGGACAGACACAACGGCCAAUCAGAGCCUUCCAUUCCUCUGACCAAUCACAAAGAGUCUAAUGGAGAGAAGAGCAAGAAAGAAGCCCCGCCCCCCUGUCAGUCCAGGUCCAAACAUGAAGUCAAACUGAUGGAGAAGAUCCCCGAAAGAGCCGAGGCCACCGUGGUCCUCGUAGGCAGUGUGGGCUUCCUGGAUCAGCCCUCCAUGGCGUUCGUGCGGCUGCAGGAGGCGGUUCUGCUGGAGUCCGUGCUGGAGGUUCCCAUCCCCGUGAGGUUCCUCUUCCUCCUGCUGGGCCCGCCCACCGCCAACAUGGACUACCACCAGAUUGGACGCUCCAUCUCCACACUGAUGUCAGACAAGAACUUCCACGAGGCGGCGUACCAAGCCGACGACCGCCAGGACCUGCUGACGGCCAUCAACCGUUUCCUGGACUGCAGCAUCGUCCUCCCUCCCUCAGAGGUCGGCGGGGACGAGCUGCUUCACUCAGUCGCUCGCUUCCAACGAGAAAUCCUGAGAAAGAGGGAAGAGGAGCAGAGCGGCAAGCUGCAGGAGAAACAGAACCACAGACUGCAGGAUGAAGAUCCUUUCGUUCCCUCCAAACCCGGCGACGAGCCUCUGAAGCGUUCGGGUCGUUUGUUUGGAGGGUUGAUUAAAGACGUGACGCGGCGUUACCCUCAGUACCUCAGCGACAUACGAGACGCUCUCAACCCUCAGUGCAUGGCCGCCAUCGUCUUCAUCUACUUCGCUGCGCUGUCGCCUGCCAUCACAUUCGGAGGACUGCUGGGUGAGAAAACAGAGGGUCUGAUUGGUGUGUCUGAGCUGAUCGUUGCCACGGCGAUGCAGGGCAUCGUGUUCAGCGUGCUGGGAGCUCAGCCGCUGCUCGUCAUCGGCUUCUCUGGACCGCUGCUGGUGUUUGAAGAGGCUUUCUACACUUUCUGUAAAGACAACGGCGUGGAGUACCUGACGGGCCGGGUGUGGAUCGGGUUCUGGCUGGUUCUCAUCGUUCUGCUCACCGUGGCCUUCGAGGGAAGCAUCCUGGUCCGCUUCGUCUCCCGCUUCACCCAGGAGAUCUUCUCCUUCCUCAUCUCCCUCAUCUUCAUCUACGAGACCUUCGCCAAACUGAUCAAGAUCUUCCAGGAGCAUCCUCUCCAGAACUGUUUCAGAAACAGCACGGCGUCUCCGUCUCUGUGUAACUCCACCGCAGCCGCCAGGAACUCUGGGAAAGUUCUCGGAGAGCCAAACACGGCGCUCCUGUCUUUGGUUCUCAUGGCGGGAACGUUCCUCAUCGCCUUCUACCUGCGCAAGUUUAAGAACAGCUCCUUCUUCCCCGGCAGGCUGCGGAGGAUCAUCGGGGAUUUCGGCGUUCCCAUAGCGAUCCUGAUCAUGGUGCUGGUGAACAACAGCGUGAAGGACACACACACGCAGAAACUGAGCGUGCCCACUGGCUUCUCCGUGUCCACUCCGGAGAAACGUGAUUGGUUCAUUUCUCCGCUGGGCUCCAACGGGCAGUUUCCUGUUUGGAUGAUGGCGGCGAGCUUCCUGCCGGCCGUCCUCGUCUUCAUCCUCAUCUUCAUGGAGUCCCAGAUCACUGCGCUGAUCGUGAGUAAGAAGGAGCGGAUGCUGACGAAGGGGACGGGUUUCCACCUGGACCUCCUCAUCAUCGUGGUGGUGGGCGGAGUCUCGGCGCUGUUUGGGUUGCCAUGGUUAUCGGCGGCGACGGUGCGCUCCGUCACUCACACCAACGCCCUCACCGUGAUGAGCAAGGCCGUCGCCCCCGGAGACAAGCCCCGUAUCCAGGAAGUUAAAGAGCAGAGAGUCACGGGCUUCCUGGUAGCUGUGUUAGUGGGUCUGUCCAUGGUGAUCGGAGACGUCCUGCGUCAGAUUCCUCUCGCUGUGCUUUUUGGGAUCUUCCUCUACAUGGGAGUGAUGUCACUGAACGGGAUCCAGCUGACGGAGCGGCUCAUCCUGCUGCUGAUGCCCCCCAAAUAUCACCCUGACCACAACUACGUCCGCAAGGUGAGGACUCUGAGGAUGCACCUGUUCACACUGGUGCAGCUCACCUGUCUGUCUCUGCUGUGGGUCGUCAUGGCGACGGCGGCGGCGCUGGCAUUUCCUUUCAUGCUGCUGCUCACAAUCCCAGUGAGGAUGCUGCUGCUGCCCAGACUGUUCACCAGGAGAGAACUGCACAGUCUGGAUGCUGAUGAUGCGGAGCCUCACCUGGAGGAGAAGGAGGGGCAGGACGAGUACUCCCAGCUGCAGAUGCCCGUGUGA